GUAAUAUGUCCAAGUACAAGGAACUUACCAAGCUGACGACGACGUACGCUCGCCGGAUGAACUACCUUUCUAAUCGUAUCUUCGGUGAGGUGGCCCGCCCAACCAAUCCUCAAUCGAUGAAGGUGGUCAAGAUGUUCAGCGAAGAACCGAUCCAUCAGCGGGAUUACGUUGUGAACUGGUAUCCGCGGCACGUGGAAACACAUCUGCUAGCGAUGAAGCUCCGCGAGUACGGACUGUUCCGGGACGAGCACCAGGACUUCAAGGAAGAAAUGAAGCGGUUACGGGCGCUGCGCGGUAAAGCACCACCGAAGAAGGGUGAAGGAAAGCGUGCGAAGAAAUAG